UGAUCAGACACUCUCCUCCUCCACUACUCAAAUUCCUUCUUUUCGAUUCGAUACCUGGCGUUCAUGGAUGAAGACCGAGAGAAACGUCACCGUUUCAAACGGCCAAGCUCAGUUGAUUGGAUAAGCAGCUUACCAGAUUGCUUGCUAUCCCAGAUCCUCUCGAAUCUCCCCACCAAAGACGCGGUCAAGACCAGUGUCCUCUCCACCAGAUGGAGAAGCCUCUGGAAACAAGUACCUUCUUUGGAUUUAGCGAACUUCGAUUUUUCCUUGUAUUUCCCAUACUGCACCAAGUUCUUAACAUUCGUCGACAGCUUCCUCCUCGAUCUCAACAGAGAUUCUUGCUUACACGAGUUCAAAUUAAAGUACGAUUCCGACGGAGAGACCGAUCAUCUCAGCCGUUGGAUCAACACUCUCGUCAAACGUAAAGUGAAACACAUCGACAUCGUAGACGAAUCGAACGCAAGCUGGGAUUUCCCGAUCCCGACGACGCUCUACUCUUGCGAGAGUCUGGUCUCUUUAAAGCUCUCUGGGCUAACUUUACCUAAUCCAAACCUCGUUGUUUCUUUACCUUCUCUCAAGACUAUUUAUCUCACUAUCGCUAAGUUCGCUGACGAAACGACGUUGGAGAGGCUAAUCCCGCAAUGUCCGGUUCUGGAAAGCUUAGGUAUCGAUAGGAGCUUUUGCGAUGACGUUCAGGUUUUGCGUGUGCGGUCUCGGUCUCUGCUGAGGUUCACUCAUCUUUCCGACUGCUGUGAUGAUUCGGAUGAGGAGUUUGUGGUUGAGAUUGAUGCUCCCAAGCUAGAGUAUUUCAGGGUUGGUGAUCAUAGAGUUGCGAGUUUUGUACUGAAGAAUGUGGCUUCUCUUGUUGAAGCGGAUAUCGAUACUGUGUUUAGCUUGGAUUAUGAUAAGAGUUUUGAUCCGAAUGAUGGACAGAAGAGGAAUGUGAUUCGUGGUUUUCUUGUGGGGAUCUCUAGGGUCAAAGAUAUGACCAUCGCCUCGAGUACUCUUGAGGUCAUUUAUGAUUACUCAAGAUGUGAGCCACUACCUUUGUUCCGUAACCUAACGUUCUUGCGUGUUGACUUCUACGGCUACAGGUGGGAGAUGUUGCCUGUCUUUCUUGAGAGCUGUCCCAAUCUUAAGUCCCUUGUCGUGGGAUCUAUUAGAGGUCGGGAGAAGGAAGGAGUUCAUAUUUUGUUCGAACCUCAGUGUUUCCUACCAUCUCUAGAGUAUGUUAAGAUAGAGAGGCCGUUGAAAGGGGAGGCGAUGGAGAUUAAGCUAGUGAGUUACUUACUUGAGAACUCGACAAUCCUCAAGAAACUGACCUUAUUGUUGGAUGUUUCCAGAGAGAGAGAAGAAUCUGACAUUCUCAAAGAACUCCUUUCCAUUCCAAGACUCUCUAGCUCAUGUCAAGUUGUUGCUCUCUGAUAUGAUCCUUAUGUUUAAAUAGUUUUUUUUUUAUAUUAAAAAAAUCAUUAUAUUACUCAAAUUUGAAGUGAUCCAUAUUUAAAUAA